CCUCUGUACAAGCUGCACUUCCAGCAGUUCUGCCUUCUAACUCACGCCGGGAUUACGUCACUUCCGGAAUCGGAGCCCCCACCGGAAGUGUCGCUGCCCCGGGCUCGCUCCUCAUGGCUGACAGCAGCAGUAACCCACCAGCUUGUGGUUGUAAGGGCAUCCGGUCGUGUCUACGGUGCGAGUCUCCGGCCGGUGCCUUACCGAAGGGGCUACACAAGAGGAAAUCAUUUACGUACAUCCCAGAGGAAGACAUAGCCAAAGGAGCAGAGCGGAGCGAUGCAGCUGGCUGGUGGUUCCCAUUCCCCGGAGUGACUUUGAUAGAAGAGUUUGUUACUGAAGAUGAGGAGAAGGAUUUGGUGCACGCCAUGGAUCAGGAUGAAUGGAGACUUUCACAGUCCGGACGAAGAAAACAGGAUUUUGGUCCUAAGGUGAACUUUAAGAAGCAAAGAAUUAAAGUUGCCAGCUUCACUGGUCUUCCAAGUUAUAGCAAGGUGCUCUGGGAACGGAUGAAGAAUCGCAACGUACUGGGCGGGUUCCUACCUGUUGAGCAAUGUAAUCUGGAUUACAAUUCUGAGAGGGGAUCUGCUAUCGAUCCCCACUUUGAUGACUCUUGGCUUUGGGGUGAAAGAUUAGUUAGUCUAAAUCUUCUUUCAGACACGGUGUUGACGAUGACGAGUUCUUCUGGAGACAAUCUGCAGCUGAUAUCUACAAUGAAUCGGCAUAGUGAACUGAAGGGGGUCUGUACACAGACUGUCCUUGAUAACCAUGUGACUAAUGUACAGUCUGAACCCCAGGGCUGCGGGGCUCAUAGCACCUCACAGACGGCCUCCGUUCCUUAUAGUGAUGUGGAAGUAGCCAUACGUCUUCCACGAAGGUCGUUGGUUGUUUUAUACGGAGAUGCGCGCUAUAACUGGAUGCAUGCAAUUCACCGUGAGCACAUCAAGCAGCGCAGAGUUUGCAGUACAUUGAGAGAACUGUCGGCAGAGUUCAGUGCGGGAGGCAAGGAAGAGUCACAAGGACAAAUGCUGCUGGAUAUCGCUCUUGGCUUUCAAGGAAAAUCAGUUUAAAGGCCUUUCCUUCAUGUGUCAUAUUUUACCCUGUGAACUUCUUCUGCGUCAGUUUUUUUCAGAGUAUCCCUUUAAAGAGGACCUGCCACCAGUUUUUUAUUUUAUUUUUUUAAAUAAACUCAAUUUCUCAUACUGUAGUUCAGGUUCAGGACAUGCCAUCCCGCUAUGUUUUUUUUCAAGAUCCUCUCUUCCAUUGUGCUGUUAUGUCCCCAUUUGGUUUUGGCGCCUAAUAUGUUAAUCACUAGCAUCUGUACAGGAAGGAGGAGACCUCUGCGCUUCUCAGUGGGUGUCUCAUCUCCCUGGCGGUGAUGCUCUCCAAUACCCGAGGACCGCUUUACAGGCAGGGAGGAAACGAGCUGUUCUCAUGAGAUUUAGUAAAUUUUGUGAGAUCAGACUAUAUAAGCAAGUAUAGGGAGAAGGACACGCCAACUGACAAGAGCAGAGGUCUUCUCCUCCCUGUACCAGUGCUAGUGAUUAACAUAUUAGGCGCCAAAACCAAACAGGGGGCAUAAUAAAUUUAAAAAAAAUUGUGGCAUUGGCAUGGCAUGUUCUGAACAACAAAUACUGGUGACAGGUCCUCUUUAAGUUGGUGCUAGUUUUGGACCUAGUUAUGGCUUUCCAUAGAAAAUUAUGUCAUAAACUGCAGGAAAAACUCUUGGAAAAGCAUAAAACAGUGGCAUAGCAUAUUAAUUAUUAUACAGUUGCAAGAAAAAGUAUGUGAACCC